AUGUCUUUUUGCAAGAACUGGGCUUCGCCAUUUUUGAACAGCUUAUGGUCGGAGACGUCCGAGACCUGGCAGGAGAACCAAGAGGAUUGGAGAAUUGUCGGGACAAACCCGUUCAAGCGGAGAUCGGAAAAUGCAUGCAAGAUAGAGCGCAGAAUUGCUGACAUUCCCUCCAGACAGGCUGCCGACAGUAUAGAAAGCUCAUUCAAGUUCAUGUCAAUUACACCCGAAUCCCAUUACUACAUUGUACAGUUUGAGAGCAAGAGGCUUGACGUUGCAUCUGUGGAUAUUAAUAUCAACGUCAAGAAGAAUUCGUAUGUGAUACUGGAAGCCGAUAGAGGGGAGGAUUGUGGUGUUGUGGUUGGGGUGACUACAAAGGAAAAGCUUGAGAGGCUACUUAAGAGGUAUGACGAUAUCUCUAGCGAAGUCCAGCCAAAAAGAAUAUACAGGUUGGCUACCCUCUUAGAUCUUGAGGCACUGGAAAGAAAGAGAAGUAUGCAGGCACGGGCCCUGGAAUUUUGCAGAGAAAGAGCCAUGCUGGGAGGCCUGGACAUGGAGGUUGUUGGGUGCGAAUACCAGUGGGAUCUCAACAAGAUCACCUUUUACUUUGCUAGUGAUGAAAGGGUAGAUUUCAGGGAACUGGUGAAAGAGCUUUAUAGAGUGUACAAGACAAGAAUAUGGAUGUGCGCCAUUGAGAAGUCAAAGAACAAGUACUUGAAGGAACUCAUUGAGUCAUAG